AUGAAAAUUUUACAAAUUUUUUUCAAUAUUUUUGUAGUUUUUCCCCUAACAUCUAUUUCUUAUGAUUAUUAUUUGGAUAUCAAUGAUUUUAAGUAUAAUGAUAAAAGAAGUAUUCUUGAAAAUUUUAAUGAUGAAGAAUCUAUUGUUAAACGAUUUGUAGGAGGACAAGGUUUUGGCGGCCAAUAUGGUGGUAAUCUACAAGGAGCAAGAGGAUUUCAAGGAAAUAAUGGAAUGAAUAAUGGUAUGAAUAAUGGAAUGCCUUUUAGAAUGAAUAGUGGAAUGAAUGGUGGAAUGGGUGGUGGAAUGAAUGGUGGAAUGGGUGGAGGAAUGGGUGGUGGAAUGAUGGGAAUGAACAGAAUGAGUUAUGGUGGUCGUGGUUCAUUUAAUUAUGGGAUGAUGCGUCAAGGAAAUGGAUUUGGUGCUGGAAGAAUGGGUGGAUCUAUGCAGUAUAGAGGUGGAGGUUUUAGAGGACAAGGAUUUCAAAAUGGCCAAGCUCAAGGAGGAGGAGGAAUGUUUGGAGGUAGAAGAGGAGGAAUGUUUGGAGGAAGAAGAGGAGGAAUGUUUGGAGGAAGAGGAAGAUUUGGAAGAUUUUUUAAUAGAAGAAAAAACCAGAACAUGCAGCAAAUGCAGACAAGACAGAGAAGACCAAACAUGAUGAAAAGAUUAAAAGCAAGAAUGCAACGUAGACGUGAAAGAAGACAGCAACUAUUGCAAUCAGCACAAUCAGCCAAUCGAAGAGCAGAAGCAACGGCAGGUUUAAAUGCAGCUAAUGGAAUAUUGUCAUCUGUACUUGGCUUCAUGGGUAAAUAA